CGGACUACGAUGGAUUCUUUGACAGCCCCUAUUAUCUUGUGUGCUAUUUAAAUUUAGCUUCCAGUUGUUGUUAUCGAGAUUAUGUGCUCGUAUAAGUACAUCGUUAUCGUACCAAUGCUACCUUUAGGUACAACAAAAAGAUAAUGUUGACACUUCGCAAAAACAAAAAUAUUCUGAAGUAAAAUAAGAACUUUGUGAAUUUGUUAUGAAAAGGUGUGCUAUAGAAAUGGAGCGUCUGACAUAUGAAACUGCUGUAAAAAAGGCGCAGUUAGUUGAGCGGAACCCUCAUCCUAAUGGCGUCCAUAUCGUGGACCCGUUGCGUGUAUCAAUGCACCAGGAGGAAGACAUCAUCUCGCUGGCAACGCAAAUACAGAAUGCCGACAAGCAGUUGAAAUCUGGCACAUGUCAGAAGCUAUGUGUGAUUCUGGAUCAGAUUAAAAUGCUGCAAGCACAGGCAAUGCAAAUACUGAAGGAAUCCGAAGAGAGUAAACUGUUGCACAAUGCCGCAUGUAAUUUUACAAAAAAGCCUGGCCAUAUCUAUCAUCUUUAUCAGCGUUCAUCGGGUCAAAGCUAUUUCAGUAUGCUUUCACCUGAAGAAUGGAAUGGUGGACCCAAUCAGAAAUAUCUUGGAAGUUAUAGAUUAGAAUUUGACUUAUCAUGGACGCCUUUGGAAAAAAUUAAAGAGCGCGAUGAGAAAAUGAACUGGGCAGAGAAAUGUUUGGAGACAACGACUUUAGCUGUAGGUCCAAUACCAAUGGCAAUAGAAUUUGGUAAUACUGAAAAAUGAUACGAAAUUUUAAUUUUACAAAUCUAAUAGCAAAUUAAUAUGUACAUAUGCAGAUCAAUCUUUUUCAUC